AGAUCUCUUUGUGGGGUCUCUGAUCAAGAAUAGACUGAAAAGAUUCCAAAAUUAGCUCUUUCUUUCAACUGUACUGAUAAGGGACAAGAGAAUUACGGGAGAAGCAAGGAAUCUGAGACUAUGCUGCCUCUUCAGAGAAGAUUAAGUUAAUGGGAGCGAGGACAAAGCUGUUAAGCUUUGUAUAUAGGAUUGCUGGAAGCAAAGAUCAACAAAAGAAAAUAAGUUCUCUAAAUGCAGACAGUUGUUAGCUGACACACAAGUGUAGUGGAACACAAGCAUGGUAGUUUCGUAUGCUUGUGUUCCUGUCACAUCACCAAUUAUAUAUGUAAACCUGCAAAAAUGUCAGAAAUUCCGUUGUCAAAGCCAUAUCCAAUUAACCUUAAUAAAAAAGAAGAAAAAAUAAUCCAAUUGAUUGGUUAAUCCGAACCUUUAACAGGAAUACCUGCCAUAUAUUUACAUAUGAAGAGCACAGACAGGACAAACUAAGCUCUCUUGACUUUCUGUCUCCCUUUGCUCUCCACAAUGAUGCAAUCUAGGACUAAAAGAUCUUGUUGUGUCCUUUUAGCCAUUUUCAUGACAAUUUCUUGUCUAUGUUUUGCUACCUCAUCAAAGAGUAUUCUCCAAACCUUUACAACUAACAAGAACUUGAAGUGGAAAAAAUGGCAAAAGAAAGUCUGCAAUAUGUAUCAAGGAAGUUGGGUUCAAGACAUGUCGUAUCCUCUCUACAAUUCAUCUGCAUGCCCUUUUAUUCGCAAGGAAUUUGAUUGUCUAAAAUAUGACCGACCUGAUCACCUCUACCUUCAAUAUAGAUGGCAGCCUAAUGCCUGUGACUUGCCCAGGUUUGAUGGUAAACAUUUCCUGAAGAAGUUGAAGGGCAAGAAGAUCAUGUUUAUAGGGGACUCUGUAAGUCUAAACCAUUUUGAGUCACUAUUAUGCUUGCUUCAUGCAGCUGUGCCUGAUUCCAUUAUCACAGAGGAGACAAACAACUCUGGCAGUACAGUGACAUUCCAGGAUUACGGUGUGUCUGUAAAGCUGUUCAAUUCUCACUACUUGGUAGACAUCGAACAAGAAAAAAUCGGCCGGGUGUUAAAACUUGAUUCGCUCAAGGAUGGAAACACAUGGAAGGACAUGGAUGUUCUAGUGUUCAAUACCUGGCUUUGGUGGUACAGGAGAGGACCGAAGCAACCAUGGGAUUAUGUUCAAGAAGGUGAGACCAUAAUCGAGGACAUGGAUCGCAUGGUGGCUUUCCGGAAAGGCUUAACAACAUGGGCAAAAUGGGUUGAUUCUGAUGUGGAUACAUGUAAAACCAAAGUUAUUUUUCAGGGAAUUUCUCCAUCCCAUUACAAUGGAGUGGAAUGGGGGAAACCAGGAGUGACAAACUGUGGAAAGGAGACACAGCCAGUUAGUGGAUCAACUUACCCUGGUGGCUCACCACUGGCAUUGCAAGCAUUAGAAGAUGUGUUAAAUACUAUCAAGAAACCUGUUCAUUUGCUUAAUAUAACAACUCUUUCACAGCUAAGAAAAGAUGGACAUCCUAGCUCUUACAAUGGCUUUAGAGGCAUGGAUUGUACUCAUUGGUGUGUCGCAGGAGUUCUAGACGCUUGGAAUGAACUUCUCUACACAGCUAUUAUCAGUUAGAAGAAAAAAUUACAGAUUUUAGUUGCUCGCAUUUUAUAGCAUGGCCAUUGAAACUAGCCAGCUAGCUGCCAUCAGUCUCAUUGCAUAUUCCUUGAUAUAUCCUGUGUGUUCCGUCAUUUUUUUUUUUCUGAUUAGAAUAAUUUCAUUGAUUUGAAUUAAUUGCUUUGUCUCUACUCAAGGAGUUUAUUGCUAGAUAAAGUUGCGAUUGUUUUGGAGAUCUCUUUGUGGGGUCUCUGAUCAAGAAUAGACUGAAAAGAUUCCAACAAUAGUUCUUGCUUACAACUGCACUGAUAAGGGACACGAGAAUUACGGGAGAAGCAAGGAAUCUGAGACUAAGCUGCCUCUUGAGAGAAGAUUAAGUUAAUAUGGGAGUGAGGACAAAGCUAUUAAGCUUUGCAUUUAGGAUUGCUGGAAGCAAAGAUUAACUACAGAAAAUAAGUCCUAUAUAUGCAGAAAGUUGGUAGCUGACACACAAGUGUAGUGGAACACAAGCGUG